AUGAUGACGGAUCUGAAGCAAAGCCAUUCAGUGAGGCUGAAUGAUGGACACUUCAUGCCAGUGCUGGGAUUUGGCACUUAUGCUCCUGAUCACAUAAGUGAACCCCAGGAGGCUGAAACUCCCAAAAGCCAGGCUGCCGAGGCCACCAAAGUGGCUAUUGAUGUAGGCUUCCGCCAUAUUGAUUCAGCAUACUUAUACCAAAAUGAGGAGGAGGUUGGACAGGCCAUUUGGGAGAAGAUUGCUGAUGGUACCGUCAAGAGAGAGGAAAUAUUCUACACCACCAAGCUUUGGGCUACUUUCUUUCGGCCAGAAUUGGUUCACCCGGCCCUAGAAAGGUCACUGAAGAAACUUGGACUGGACUAUGUAGAUCUCUUCAUUAUUCAUGUACCAUUUGCUAUGAAGCCUGGGGAAGAAUUACUGCCAAAGGAUGCCAGUGGGGAGAUUAUUUUAGAAACUGUGGACCUUUGUGACACUUGGGAGGCCCUGGAGAAGUGCAAAGAAGCAGGUUUAACCAGGUCCAUUGGAGUGUCCAAUUUCAAUCACAAGCUGCUGGAACUCAUCCUCAACAAGCCAGGGCUCAAGUACAAGCCCACCUGCAACCAGGUGGAAUGUCACCCUUACCUCAACCAGAGCAAACUCCUGGAGUUCUGCAAGUCCAAGGACAUUGUUCUAGUUGCCUACAGUGCCCUGGGAUCCCAAAGAGACCCACAGUGGGUGGAUCCCGACUGCCCACAUCUCUUGGAGGAGCCAAUCUUGAAAUCCAUUGCCAAGAAACACAGUCGAAGCCCAGGCCAGGUCGCCCUGCGCUACCAGCUGCAGCGGGGAGUGGUGGUGCUGGCCAAGAGCUUCUCUCAGGAGAGAAUCAAAGAGAACUUCCAGAUUUUUGACUUUGAGUUGACUCCAGAGGACAUGAAAGCCAUUGAUGGCCUCAACAGAAAUCUCCGAUAUGAUAAGUUACAAUUUGCUGCUAAUCACCCUUAUUUUCCAUUUUCUGAAGAAUAUUGA